CAGCCAAGCUGGUGGGCAGGGAGCCGCGGAGUCCGGACUUGGCGUGCGGGCGGGGCGAGCGCGGAGACUAGCUGCGGGCUCCACGGUGUCGUAGGGCGACCCGGCCUGGUCUGUCCGCCCCGGCCCCGGCCCGCCAACCAUGCCGCCGCCCGCGCCGCCCACCGAGGUGCUGCCGGCGGUGCGCGUGGCGGUGCUGCUAUCCUGCACGCUGUCCGCGCUGGGCUGCGGCCUGCUGGUGGCCACGCAUGCCCUGUGGCCGGACCUGCGCAGCCGUGCGCGACGCCUGCUGCUCUUCCUGUCGCUGGCCGACCUGCUCUCGGCCGCCUCUUACUUCUACGGGGCGCUGCGGGACUUCGCGGGGCCCUCCUGGGACUGCGUGCUGCAGGGCGCACUGUCCUCCUUCGCCAACACCAGCUCUUUCUUCUGGACCAUGGCCAUCGCGCUCUACCUGUACCUGAGCAUCGUGCACGCGGCGCGCGGGCCCCGGGCUGACCACCUCUUCUGGGUCUUCCACGUUGUCAGCUGGGGCAUCCCUCUGACCAUCACCGUGGCGGCUGUCACGCUCAACAAGAUCGGCUACGACGCCUCCGACGUGUCGGUGGGCUGGUGCUGGGUGGACCUGGAGGCGGAGGACCGGCUGCUGUGGCUGCUGCUGACCGGGAAGCUGUGGGAGCUGCUGGCCUACGUCACGCUGCCCGUGCUCUACCUGCUGGUGCGGCGGCACAUCAACCGAGCGCACGAGGCGCUGUCCGAGUACCGGCCCAUCUGCGAGGCGCGCCCGCCGCAGCCCUGCGCCUCCGCCGCCGCCGCCGUGGCCGACAAGAAGCUGGUGCUGGUCCCGCUGGUCUUCAUCGGCCUGCGCGUGUGGAGCACCGUGCGCUUCGUGCUCACGCUGUGCGCCUCCCCGCUGGUGCGCGCGCCCGCGCUGGUCCUCCUGCACGGCGUCGGGAACACCUUCCAGGGCGGAGCCAACUGCAUCCUGUUCGUCCUGGCCACCCGCGCCGUCCGCAAGCGGCUCUUCGCCCUGUGUCGCCUGUGUCGCUGCUGUCCGCAGCCCUCCGCCCCGAGCCCGGCCGGUCCGCCCAAGCCACCCACGACCUCCCAGACGCGAGACUCGGGACUCCCACGGUGACGCUGUCCACCCGUGAGGGCACAGUGCCGACUCAGCCUCUUCUACCUCUGACAGCCUUGGUGCACUUGGAGUUCACCUGCGCGAGGCCAGUGAGACACUCAGGGAAGCUGGGGACACAGAGUCCCACGGCCACCAUGCACUGUUUACAGUUUGUGAGGCCCACACCUGUGCCCCCUGGUCACUAAGUAUCAGGGGCCAGGAAAGGGUCCCCUGCCCCAAUGUCGAGGAGCAGAUUCCCAGCUGCCGGGGAAGAGCCCCUGGGGAGCCCGGCUUCGUUGGCCAGCAGUGCUGGUCAUCAGAGGGGGCAGUUCUCUCUGACCAGCAUACACAAUGUCCCCUGCACCUGCUUGUAAUGGCCACCAAGAAGCGCGGCCCAGCUCAGGCCCAGGGUGGGCGUCCUGGGUGCCAGGAUUCUGGCUGCCGGUUACAAGUCCUCAGCGCUGGGUUUCAGAGUCCAUGGGCUGCCUCCACCUGUGCCAUAAACGCAGGUCCCUCAGCUGGCACCAGGCCAGGGGGCGUCGCAGCGAUUCCCCAAGAGCAGUGUCUCAGACAGUCGCUUGUUCUCAGCCUGAGCUGAAGAUUCAGGGCAGGAGGGCAGGUGGCUCGUCCAUGCGCCGGUCUGGUUUCCAUAGGAGAGAGGACCACGAAGGGGUCACUGCAGGACCCCAAUACCAAAUCCCUGAGGUACAAGUUCCUCCUUGGCCUUGGGCUGGGGUGGAGCCGGUGGUAGGGGCUGGCUUAGCCCCACAAGGACCCCACUCCACCACCCCACACCUAAUCGAAAAACCUUCCAGGUGGAUUUUUAGGGGAAUGUGGCAACCUCAAUCCUGAAGUGAAGGUUUACAUUCAAAAGAAAAACAUAGAAAAUGGUAGGGGUUUGGUACUGGGGGCAGGCCCCAAGGCACGGUGGAUGCAAGGUGAAUCCUCCAAGGCUGAGCCACACCCCAGCCUGACAAGAGGUUUUUUUGUACCUGGAAUCUAACUCAGGACCUUGCACUUGCCAGGUAGGCUCUGUGCUGCUAAGCUACAUUCUGACCCCUAGAAGAGAUUUUUUAAAGCACCCAUGUCUCUAUUUAUAUUCCGCAGCUCCCCCCAGCAAACCCCCCCCACCCUGUUUCAGAGAACAGACCUGGAACAGGAAGCAUAAAGGUUACCUGGGCUCCCCGGGGAAAGUUGUCUCUUCCCGCGGGGGCGGGGUCCGGCAGACACCCCCAAACUGGACUGACGGGUUCCGUUUAAAACGCAGACCCCACUGUGCGAUCCUGUUUUGCUCUCAGAGACAAUACUCGCUGGAGGAAACAUUCACCUCGGUGUCUGGGAGCAGUGGGGCUGCAGUGGACUCUGCUGAGCAGGGUUUGGGGGCCUGAGCCUGACUCUUGACCCCUGACCGCCUGACCCCACAGCGCAACCCUCUGGCUGAGCUGGAAACCGGCACCACCAGCCAGCCGUGCCCGGAUCGGCCCGCAGGGGGAGUCCGGGUCCAGGAAACGGCUGCUGCAGCCGCCGGGGCUCAGGCUCCCGAGGUCCCUGGCUGACACAAGGGCUGGGCUUCCCGCCCGGAGUCACGCUCGCGGGCUUUGUGUCACCAUCUUCCUUCUUGCCCCCCGCACGUCAGCCUCGUGCCUGUGUCCCAGCCGGUGCCCCGGCCAGCGAGGCCAGCUGGAGCCUCCUUUUCAGACUCCAGGAUGAGCCCGGUGAAGUGGUGCACACCUCCAGUCCCAGCACUCCAGAGGCUGAGGCAGGAGGGUCGCCACGAGUUCGAGGCCAGCCUGGGCUGCAUAGCGAGACCUCUGUCUCAAAAAAAAAUCACAAAACACUGGAAGCCUGGGGUGGAAGUCAGCCUAGAACACCCAGGGGCGCCCCCCACCCAGCCCGGGAGCUUCCUUCUGCAUCUGCAUCGUUAAUGUUUAUCCGCGUCUGCUCUGCCAAGCUCUGCCAGCUCUGUUCUGCCGGCCUUCACAGGUGCUACGGCCACAGGGCGCGCUGUUCCUCCGCACUUUCUGAAUCCGGAUCGGGGAGUCGGUUUCACGUGCCGCUUCCUGGCCCUUGUGCUUGUGUGCGUGCGUGCGGUGUGUUUGGUGUGCAUUUUUUUUUUUUUAAAUAAAGGUUAUUAUGUGAGCCUGGGCUGAGCGUUGAAGACCGAAGUCUCCUAAUGUCCACAGUGAGAAAAUCUAUUUUUCCAAAUUUCCGGCACAGCGUGAGUUUUUGCACACGCAGAACUGUGAAAAGCCUGCCUGUCUGGGUGGAGCCGAGGCCUUGUUAUUCUAAGUUAAAUAAAUUAACUAUUUUUCUUC